AUGCUUGAAACAAGUAUUCCAAAUUCUUAUUCAAAUGGCAAGAAAAUUCAGGAGAAGCACUCGACUAUACAUGAAUUAGAUAACGACAAAAAAGAACAAGAAUCCACAGAAAUCUUAGAUUUUCUUAAACUUCUUAAAGAACUUCAAGAAAAACUUGUGGAAGUUAAACAGAGUGUUCAACAAGUUCAAAAUAAAGCAUCUUCAGGAUUAAUAAAAACAUCCAACGGCGUUUCCUUACUAGACAUAAAAAAUUAUACACUACUACAAUACAUCAUUAAUCUCACAUUUCUCAUACACCUGAAACUCGAUGGGAAAUCUAUCGCCAAUCAUCCGGCAAUAACCAGUUUGAUUGAAUCACGUGUAGUACUUGAAAAGAUUAAACCAAUUGAACACAAGUUAAAGUAUCAAAUUGAUAAAUUGGUUAGAGCUGCGACCAUUACAAAUGAUGAUAAUAAUAAUCAGGAGAUUGAAAGAAAAAAGGAUUCGAGGAGCGCAAUGACUGACCCAUUGGCAUUUAAACCGAAUCCUGAAAAUUUAAUUUCCAAGGAUGUUGAAGAUAUUGAGGAUAACAAUGAGAUUGGAGGUGAAUCUGCAGGCGUGUAUAAAGCACCAAAAUUAGCGCCAGUACAUUUUGACGAAGAUCAAGGAAAAAAUACAAGACAUGAAAAAGAACGAUCACGGCUUCUAGUACGUGCCUCAAAAUCACGCCUCAUGCGAGACAUACUUGCUGAAUACGAUGAUCACCCUGAAGAAAUUGAUGCAACGGGCGGAGUAAAUGAAGGAAUUGGUCCUGCAGAAAAAGGAUCAGAUGUGCGAUGGGCCGAACGUACUCAUUAUGAAGAAGAAAAUUUUGUGCGUUUGACUGUUUCUAAGAAGGAGAUGCGGAAGAUGAGAGGUCUUGGUGCUGAUAGUGUCAAAAGAAUUCAGGAUGAAUUUGAGUUAUACAUCAAUUCAACGCGUGAUGGGUUAAUUGAGCAUGGAAAGAAAAGAAAGAUAGGUCGAUAUUCAGAAGCAACCAAUGCAAAAAGAUUUUCACGAUCGAGAGAUUAA